AUGGCGAGAAAGAGACGUGCCGCGGAGAUGAACAACGCCGAAGAGGCGGAGGUGGAGCACUGUGCAGUCGCAAGUGCAGACGAGACGAAAGCGGAUGGAGACUUGGAAACGAACAGCUCCAAUGACAACAGCAGUGGCAGCAGCUACGAGGGCGACGACGAGCCGCAGCCAGAGCCCUACCGCAAGAAGCUGGAAGAAGGAGAAGCUGGUACUUUGACUGGCCGUCCCUUGCGUCUUUACGCCGACGGCAUCUUUGAUCUCUUCCAUUUCGGACAUGCAAAAGCUUUGCAGCAAUGCAAAGAGGCGUAUCCAAACACGUACUUGAUUGUUGGCUGUUGCAGUGAUGAGAUCACGCACAAACUCAAGGGUCGCACGGUCAUGACGGACAAGGAACGCUACGAGUCCUUGCGGCACUGCAGAUGGGUGGACGAAGUGGUCGAAGACGCUCCGUGGGUGCUCUCGGAUGAAUUUAUCGAAAAGCACCAGAUUGAUUACGUGUGUCACGAUGCACUGCCGUACUCGGAUACGUCGGGUGAAGCAUCAGAAGGUGACGUGUAUGCGCGCAUUAAAGCCAUGGGCAAGUUCUUGGAAACUAGACGGACGAACGGGAUAUCGACGUCGGACUUGAUCAUCCGGAUCAUUGCAGAGUACGACACAUUCAUCCGUCGCAACUUACAGCGCGGGUACUCUGGCAAAGACAUGAAUGUGCCAUUCAUUAAGGAGAAGAGUAUCAAAUUCGAUAUGGCGGUCGACAAGGUUCGCAACGACGUUGACGGGUUCGUGCACAAGUGGAUCAGCAAAGCCGACGACAUGCAGCACGGCUUUCUCGAGCUUUUCAGCAAAGAAGGUCGCCUGCGUACAUCAUUCCGCAAGCGUCGAAAGAUCAUCAAGGAGCGCUUGUCCGAGCGCAUGUCGGAGAUGGCACGUGAAGGGUUGUGCUAA